AUGAAGCACUGCAAACAGGCCCCUCUCUUUCCUGGUAUUGACUUCCCGGAUGCCUUUGAUGGCCUAUCGGAUGGACUAGUCGGAGCCCUAGAGGACAACGAUUUCCCAGAGUGCAUGCUGCCCCUGCUUUUUGACGGCCCCUCCAGCCAGUACAUCACUAACAACCAACCGAACAAACGGACCCAUAUCCCUUCCCCGAGCUACCUCAACCUCGGCUCUGCUACCGGGAUCAACACCCUCUGGCUCAGGCCUUUCCCCAGGGACCUCCCUACCCACGACCAAUCCUGGAACCACUCGAACCACUCGAGCCGCACCCCUUCGGGGCUGGCAAGGAGCCGGUCCUGGUCCCGACCGGCCGACCGUCGAACUGCAGCUUCGCCGCCGGGGCAGCAGCAGCAGCAGCCGCAGCGCGCCGCUACCACCACCGCCGCCAGCAGCAGCAGCAGCAGCCUGCUGCUCCAGGUCUUCAACGGCGCCAUGCGGCCGCAGGUAGCGGCGCUGGCGGCGGCGGCGGCGCAGCGGGCGCUGGUGACGUCUUCCUCGGUGCCCCCAGGGCUUUACUUCUCAGAACCGGAGCCGCAACAGCAGCAGCAGGGAGCCGAUGUAGGGCGGGGCGGUGGGGCCGCCGCAGCGGCCGCAGGGGCACCUGGCAAGGGCGCCAAGCGCGGCGGCAAGGACAAGGACAAGGACAAGCAGGGAAUGGCGGCGGGUGGGAGUGUGCCGGCUCCUACGGCCCUGCCGCUUGCCAAAUACUAUCCCGAGGCGGACGCGGAGCUGGUGGCUGCUCUGUACGGCAAGCGGCCUCUUCCCCGGCGUCUGCGGGUUGAGGCCAUCACUGACCGGUGCCACCCUUGCUUCCGAAACCCGUUUGAGGGUCUGGCGGCGGUGAAGGAGCGGAAGAAGCUUGUGGCGACGGGUGGAGCCCCUGCUCGUGACAGUUUGGUGGUGGUGGGGGACCCGUCCACCUGCCUGCUGGCUGAGGCUAAUGCACCGAGAUUCUGGGGCUCUUGUGCCGGUGUAACGAAGCCUGGUUCGCUGGGGGAGGGCGACCGAGCUGCAUGCAAUUGCCGGGCGUACAAGGGCCGGGUGGACAACGCGGCGGUCAUUCCAUGCCUGAUCAAGGUCCGUCUAUCUCGCCUGAUGAGGGCCAGCACUGAGGCGGCAUGUGGUGAUGGUGGCGGUGGUGGUGGUGGCGGUAUGCCGGAAGACCUCGCCAAGGGGUUCCAGGUGCUGAGAGCGGCCGCAGCAGCUGCAGCCGCCGGCGCGGCGGCCCAGGAUUCGGCAGGAGGGGUGGUGAUGACGACGACGGCGGCGGCGGCGGCCGGCGGCGGCGGCGCGGCCUCGGGGUCGACGGGGGCGCAUUGCGGAGGUGGAAGCCGCACUGCCGGGACGGUGACGGUUGCGGCGACGGGCAAUAACGCAGUGGAUGAUCCCGACAAGUCGACGUAUGUGUACGGCAUUGUUACCGUGGUUGUUACAUCGAACGCGCUCAAGGAAGGCGAGGAGAUCCUGCUUCGGUGGGACAGCGACGACUCAUUUUUCGCAGUGGCAGACCAGAACUUGAGACAGUAUUUGUACAUUCGGGACCUCGCCGCGGAGCGGGAUGCUGCGGAGGCCAAGGCAGUCCACCACCAACGGCUGUUGGCGUUACUUCGCAAGUCUCACCGCGAGUGCCAAUCCUCGCGAGAGGCCGCCUUACAUCGGGGCGACGCGCUCUUCAAACAGAAAGAGGAGAUGGCGUGCAGCUUGGAGGAGGCUGUACGGCAACGGGAUGAGGCUGUACGGCAGCGGGACGAGGCUGUACGGCAACGGGACGAGGCGAUUGAGGACGUGAAGAAUCAGCGUGCGGCGUCCGCGGCGGUGGCGGCGGCUGCCGGUCCGCGAGUCAGUCGUUUGGAGGCGCAGGUGGCGCAGCUGCAGGCGGAGCGGGACGCGCUGAGCGCCCGCCUGGAGCGGUUCAUGCAGCAGCAGGAUCGGCAACACAGGGGACAACAGCGACAAGAGCUGCUGCAACAACAGAGCUCUGCAUCGCAGCUCCAGCAACAGCAGUUGCAAGGACAGCGGCAGGCGGAACGCCAUGAACAGCACCACCAGCACCACCAGCACCACCAGCAGGAGCAGCAGUGGCGACAGCAAGGACAGACAUUUGGCGGCAACGGUAAGGAUUACGAUAGCACAGAUGGAGACGAGGAGCAUGCGAUGGCGGCGUCAGUAUCGGCAGGAUUGUUGCAGCGUUACGAAGACGCCAAGCGGCAAUACGAUGCAGCUGCGGCUGCGAUGGUUUCGGAGCUGGUGCGGCUUGAGGCGGUGCAGCGGCGGCGGACGGCGCAGCUGGCGGCGGCAAGGAGGGAGGCGGAGGAGGCGGCGGCCAGGCUAUCGGCGCUACAGCGGGACGUGGAAACCAGCAGGUGA